UGCAGACUUAGUAUUUACGUCAAAUUUCAAUAUGGUGGCCAUGCUCGUGAAAUAAUAUUGUCCUGAACAAAAACUUAAAACAAUGGACUUUUUUGAGAAUGAAGCGGAGGUGUCUGAUCGGUCCAGCAGUGCUGAAGAUUCAGAUGUUGGUUCAGGGUCUGACUCCGAGAUGAUGAGAAAGAAGAAAUCAAAGAAGGAAAAGAAGAAGAAAAAAAUCAUCUCUGAUGAUGAUGAUGAUGAUGAAGAAGAUAUUGAUGAAGAAGCGAUCGCAGCAGAGAUGAAGGACUUUAUUAAUGAAGAUGUUGAAGAAGAUGAACCUGAAGAAGAGGAGGAGGAGGGAGCGGGAGGAGAAAAAAGGAAGCAUGAGUCAGAAGAAGAGGAUGAUCAACUUGAAGAUGAGGAUUAUGAUCUGAUUGAAGAAAAUCUUGGCAUUAAAGUGAAAAGGUCCAAAAAGCUUAAGCGCAUUAAGAGAGUGAUAACAGAUGACGAAGACAGUGAGCAAGAAGGAGAGAAGGAAGGAGAUGAAAGAGAGAGGAUUGCUAAUGAAUUGUUCGAAGGGGAUGAGGAAGAAGAGGGUGAGGAUGAUGAUGCUAGGUCACGAAUGACGAAGGCAGAGACGGAAGCACAGGACCUUACUGUGGAAGAUUCAGAAGAUGAAGAUGAGCUUGGUGACUUUAUUGUCGGAGAUGAUGGACAGCCUAUCAGAGGAAAGAAAAAGAAGAGACACAUUAUUCAUUCAGAUGCACUGUUGCAAGAAGCACAGGAUAUAUUUGGUGUUGAUUUUGACUUUGAUGAGUUCAAAGAUUACGCAGGAGAGGAAUCAGAAGAAGAAGAAGAUGAGUACAUUGAUGAUGACGAACUGGAAGGAGAAGAAGGAGCACCAAAGAAAGAGAAAAAGUCACGACCAAAAAGGGGACUGAAGGCUUCUGCAACAUACGAGCCCGAAGCCUUGGCGAGGGCAUUCAUGACAGAGAAAGACAACAUUGUGCGUAACACAGACAUGCCAGAGAGGUUCCAGCUGCGCAGCAUCCCUGUCAAGGAGACAGAAGAAGGGGAGUUGGAGGAGGAGUCGGAGUGGAUCUACAAGCAGGCCUUUCGCAUGCCCACCAUCUCCACACAGACAUUCUUAGAGCAAGACGGUGGCAGUUAUGGCUACAGCAAAAAAGGACCUACAAUGGUUGAAAAAAUUAAGAAAGCUCUCGACUUUAUGAGGAAUAAACAUCAUGAGGUACCGUUCAUAGCUUUCUACAGGAAGGAGCAUGUUGAGCCUGAUCUCAACAUCAAUGACCUCUGGAAAGUGUGGCACUGGGACGAAAAGUGGAUGAGAGUGCGCAAUAGAAAGCAAAAUCUGAUCCGACUGUUUGAGCGCAUGCAGAAGUAUCAGUACGAAGUUAAUUCUGAUCCUGAAAAAGUCCUGGAGGCAAAUGUGAGAACACUUAGUGAGGACGAUAUUGAAAGAGUUCGAAAAGUGGAGACAAUGGAAGAACUGCACGAUAUUUACAACCACUUCCUGCUGUAUUAUGGUUCGGACAUUCAGAAGAUGCGUGACAUGGAGCGUAAGAAAAAGCGAGAAGAACGGGCAGAAGAGGGAGGGGAAGGGGAAAAUCGAGAAGUGGAUGAUGAUGCUGACAACAUCAAGCAGGCCUCCAGAAAGUCUGGAUAUACCAUCUGUGUGAAGAACAAACUUGGUGAGAUGGCCUCCCAGUUUGGGAUGAGCCCGGAGCAGUUUGGAGAGAACGUACGAGACAACUACACGAGACACGAGGUGGACCAGUGUCCCAUGGAGCCACUGGAGCUGGCCAAGGACUACGUCAGUGGUCAAUUCCCGACAGCAGAGGAGGUAAUGCUGGGAGCUCGUCACAUGGUGGCCAUGCAACUGGCACAUGACCCUCUGGUGCGGCAAUGUGUGAGACAGGCGUACUUUGAGAGGGCCAGGCUCCAUGUCACACCCACCAAGAAAGGCAUCAAGGAAAUUGAUGAAGCGCAUCCAUGCUACCCAAUCAAGUAUCUGUCCAACAAACCAGUACGGGACCUCAAAGAUGAGCAGUUUCUGCGACUAACGGAGUCAGAGACUGAAAAACUGCUUGAGAUCAGUAUCACCAUGGAUGAGAAAACUGACAACAGAAAUAUACAGAAUUACUAUGAGGAUGUGAAAUCUCUCUAUUACAGGGAUGAGUUCAGUCACCUGGUGCAGCAGUGGAACACGCAGAGAACCCUGGCCCUGGAGCGGGCGCUCACAAAGAUCCUCUACCCACAGAUGGAAAAGGAACUCAGGCUCAAACUUAUCACUGAGGCCAAGGAGGGCAUAUUGAAGGCGUGCUGUCGUAAGCUGUACAACUGGUUGAAGGUAGCUCCCUACCAGAUAGAGCAGCACAUGGAAGAUGACUAUGACCUGGAUGAUAACGAGCCUGGGCUCCGAGUGCUGGGCCUCGCGUUCAUUGCUGAGAAGGAUACCACAGCGUUUGGUUGCAUGGUGAACGGGGAGGGGGAGGUGACAGACUUUAUUCGCCUGCCCAAUCUUACCAAGAGGAUUCGGUCUCAGCGACCCAUGGAGAGAGAGGAAAAGGAAAAGGACAUGGAGAAGUUGAAAGAAUUCAUCGAGACCAAGAAGCCACAUGUGAUAGCUGUUACAGCCGAGAACUAUGAUGCCAUGAUGAUCAUGGAUGACAUAAAGAAAGUGAUAGCAGAGUUGGAGCAGGAAGCUCAGUUGCCUCCCAUCAAUGUAGAGCUUGUUGACAAUGAGCUGGCCAUGGUCUACGCAAACAGCUCAAGAGCUGAUGAGGAGUUUCGGGAGUACCCUGCGGUGCUACGUCACGCUGUGUGUGUGGCUCGCAGGCUGCAAGAUCCGCUCAUAGAGUUUGCUCAGCUCUGUAACCAGGACGAGGAAAUCCUUUGUCUCAAGUACCACCCUAUGCAGGAUUCCAUCUCCAAGGAGGAGCUACUCAGUGCUCUGAACCUGGAGUUUGUGAAUCGAGUCAACGAGGUGGGGGUGGAUGUGAACCGCGCCAUUUCCAACCCACACACGUCAGUCCUUGUGCAGUUCAUCUGCGGACUGGGGCCCAGAAAAGGGGCUGCAUUGCUCAGGACCCUGAGGCAGAGCAGCACAAGGUUGGAAAAUCGAACCCAUCUAGUCACCAUGUGUAGAAUGGGGCCAAAAGUGUUCAUCAAUUGUGCUGGCUUCAUAAAGAUUGACACAAACUCAUUGGGAGACAGCACGGAGGCGUAUGUAGAAGUACUAGAUGGUUCCCGCGUGCAUCCAGAGUACUACGAGUGGGCCCGUAAGAUGGCUGUAGACGCACUGGAGUACGACGACACGGCUGAGGACGCCAACCCGGCAGGUGCCCUGGAGGAGAUCCUGGAGAGUCCUGAGCGUCUCAAGGACCUUGACCUUGAUGCUUUUGCAGAGGAGCUUGAAAGACAGGGCUAUGGUGACAAGCACAUAACACUGUAUGAUAUCAGAGCUGAGCUUAAUCACAGGUACAAGGACCUAAGGACCCCAUAUCGGUCCCCUACCAAUGAAGAACGCUUCAACAUGAUAACGAAGGAGACACCAGAUACAUUCUACAUAGGUAAGCUGAUGAUGGUGCGUGUGAUGGGGAUUGCUCACCGCAAGCCCCAUGGGGAACAGCUGGACCAAGCAGACCCAGUGAGGAAUGAGGACACGGGGCUCUGGCAGUGCCCCUUCUGUAACAAGAAUGACUUCCCAGAGCUCAGUGAGGUCUGGAGUCAUUUUGACAAUGGAAGCUGCCCUGGCUCUGCUGUGGGUGUGCGUUGUCGACUGGACAACGGCUGCACUGGCUUCAUUCACAUAAAAAAUCUCAGCGAUAAGAAAGUGACGGACCCAAUGGAAAGAGUCAAGGUCAAGUACCAGAAAGCAUUCCUGCUAUUCUGCACUCAUAAACCUGGCAUGACAGUGCAUUCUCGGAUCAUAAAGAUUGAUAUUGAUCGGUUCACUGUGGACCUCACCACUAAAACAUCUGACUUGCUGGAUAAGGACAGUCAGUGGAAGCCUCCAAAGGAUUUGUACUAUGACGCAGAGAGAGAAAAAUCAGAAUUUGAAAAGGAGGAAGAAAAAAAGAAAAUCCAGGCCAGGCAAACGUACAUCAAGCGUGUGAUAGCCCACCCCAACUUCCACAACAUCAGCUACAAGGAGUGUGAGAAACUGCUAGCCCCAAUGGACCAGGGCGACUGUAUUAUCAGACCUAGCAGUAAGGGAGCAGACCACCUGACAGUGACUUGGAAGAUGGCUGACGGGGUACUGUGUCAUAUAGAUGUCAUGGAGCAAGGCAAGGAGAAUGCAUUCAGUCUUGGCAAGGCCCUGCUCAUAAACGGAGAAACGUUUGAGGACCUGGAUGAGAUAAUUGCUCGGCACAUUCAGCCAAUGGCGUCCUAUGCACGUGACAUCCUGAACUUCAAAAACUACAUGGACACAGACGGGGGCAAGAAGGAGAUUGUGGACAGAAAACUGUACGAGGAAAAGAAGAAGGCUCCAUCCAAGAUUCCAUACUAUCUAAGUGUUGCUAAGAACUACCCUGGUAAGUUCCUGCUCUCCUACAUGCCAAGAAACAAACCGCGUUCGGAAUAUGUUACUGUGACACCUGAUGGUUUCCGCUAUCGCCACAAGAGUUUCCAUUCCGUGAACUCGUUGAUGCGUUGGUUCAAGGAACACUUCCGAGAUCCACUGAUUGGGACUCCAAGCGGCCGCACUCCCAUGGUUGGGCACACACCGUCGUUCAAUCUUCAAGGUGUGGAUGCUGCUGCCAUUCAGCGGGCCACGAAGGGUCUUCCUGCCAACAUAUACAAUACCCUGGCACAGGUCGCUGGGGUCACCCCUGGGAUCACUCCCAGGGUCACACCUGGAUUCACACCAGCAGCUUUCACUCCUAGAACGGGCUACACACCACACACACCACAGGUGGGCGGGUCUGGAACGGCUUCAGGCAGUUACAGGACUGGUUUAGGGGCAACGCCCCUGAUGACACCAGCUGGCCAGGCCACGCCCUCAUACCAGCCAACCCCCAAGGCCCAGUGGCCCGGGGCCACUCCACGCACACCCAGGAGCAGUGGACAGUCAGGCAGCAAAUCUUCACAAGGUCCUGGUACAGACUGGGCCAAGGCUGCAGAAAUGUGGGCCAAGCACAAGAAGCUGGCACCUGGAACACCCAAGAGCCCAGGGAACCGAUAUUCACCCAGGGGGCGGGGCGACCAGUCACCAGCUGGAGAUGCCACGCCCUUAUUUGAUGAAUGAUACGAGUCAAAAGAAGGGAAUUCUAAAAAGCCACAAUGUCAUGUAUUGUGUUAUAGUCCUUGUGUUGUGUGAUAUCUUCACAAUAGAGUUACCAACAAACCAGAUGUAUUUCCUUGUGUUAUAAUAAUGGAAGUUGGGUCUGGAUGGAACAGUGCAGAGAUGUUUGCACAUCAAUGAAUGCAUAUUGUGAAAUGUGGGUGUGAAAUAAACUGGCCGUGAAAAAUAGGACACUGGCUGUGCAUGAGUAGUGAUUGAAUGUGUGAUACAACAUGUACAAGUUUAAAUAUGAAUGAAUUAAUUAAUUAGGGGUUACUUACAUGUUUGUAUUCAUAUUUGAUUUGGAAAUAAAGAUUUAUGUUUUGCGGAAAUUUUUGUCAGGAAAUGAUAAGAACAAUUUUGGAAGCUUUAAACUAGUAAUAUUUCAAGGCAUAUUAACUGUUAAGAUCAUUGUUUUGUUUUUGAGUUAUUGGUUAAAAAACAACACAUGCACUAUAAAAACGACUGUCAUAAGUGUCAAGAGCUUUUGUCACAUUCUAAAUUAUUUUCCAAGAUAGGUGAUUAUGUUUUAGCUUAUAAUUCCUUUGCCAAAAAGAUAGCUCGAGCAAAACUUCACAACAUUUUUUGUAAAUUUAAGUGCAAAGAAAGCUUGUUUUGUUACUUAUCAGUUGAGAUUCUGAUGUGCCUGUACAUAAAUGUACUUGUACAGUGGCUUUAUUUAUCAGUGUUUUGUCAUUUUGGUAAAACUUGUUCCUUUCAUAUUUUACCUGCUCUGUAAAUGACAAAGUAAAAUGACCUUUUGUUGCUUUGUAAUGGAAAUAUUAUCCCAAGACAUUGACGAUCAGUUUAUAUUAGCAAACAUUAUCUUGUUACUGGCUUGCUUUAGUUUUUGUAUCACUGACUGUAGAUCAGGUAGUAUUCUAAAUGCAUUUCCAGUGCUCAUAGGUUAUUCAUAAUAAGCAUACUUAAGGCGUUACAAUAAUUACAAAGACUGUAUGAGACUAUAUGCAGUCAAUGUUUAUAAAGAUUUUUUAAACGUUACUAUUCUAAGAUAUUUUUGAAGUAUUUUAUAUUUGAAUACUGUGUAUCAUCCUAAAAGCUUGAUUUUAGUUCUAAACACAUGAACACUAUUCUGCUUUUUUAUGCUCCCCCAAAAUUUAUUUUGAAUGGAGCAUUUAGUCGCUGCUUCGUCUGUCUGUGUGUCUGUCUGUCCGUCCGUUCACAAUUUUUGUCCGGGCUAUUUCUCAGCAACUAAUGACCGGAAUUCAAUGAAACUUUAUGGGAAGCUUCACUACCAAGAGGAGAUGUGCAUAUUAUCAGCGUGUUCUGGUCGGAUGAUUUUUUUUAGAGUUAUGGCCCUUUUAAAUUUUCCAUAAACUGUACAUAUAGUGCAAUUCUUGUCCAGGCUAUUUCUCAGCAACUAAUGACCGGAAUUCAAUGAAACUUUAUGGGAAGCUUCACUACUAAAAGGAGAUGUGCAUAUUAUUAGCCGGUUCUGGUCGGAUGAUUUUUCACAGAGUUAUGGCCCUUUGUAAUUUUCCAUUAACUGUACAUAUAGUGCAAUUCUUGUCCGGGCUUUUUCUCAGCAACUAAUGACCGGAAUUCAAUGAAACUUUAUGGGAAGCUUCACUACCAAGAGUAGAUGUGCAUAUUAUCAGCCGGUUCUCAUCGGAUUAUUUUUCACAGAUUUAUGGCCCUUUGAAAUGUUCACUUGUUCAUAUAGUGCAAUUCUUGUCUGAGCUAUUUCUCAGCAACUUAUUACGGGAAUUCAAUGAAACUUUAUGGGAAGCUUCACUACCAAGAGGAGAUGUGCAUAUUAUCAGCCGGUUAUGGUCGGAUAAUUUUUCACAGAGUUAUGGCCCUUUGAAAUUUUCUAUAAACUGUACAUAUAGUGCAAUUCUUGUCCGGGCUAUUUCUCUAUUAUUGCUUAGCUACCUUGAGAAGAUGCGCAUGUUAUUUGUGGGUUCUGGCUAGAUGAUUUAUUUAGAGAGUUAUGGCACUUUGAAAUUUUUAAGUUGCUAAACCAUCCAUUGUAUUAUUUUGUCCAAAAUUAUGCCCCUCAAGACGUUUCCUUUUAUCUGAAUACAUAGUGCAAUAUUGUGACCAAAAAAAACCUUUGGGGAGCAUCACCCGUCUCCGACGGUUUCUUGUUUGAUAAUGCUUAUGUAGUGAUUAUAACAAACAUUAAAAAUGUAUGCCUCACGUUUUUGCAAAUGAACUUGUUUCUAAAAGAACAUCAUCGAAAUCUAAACAUGUUAUGGCAAUUAACCAUUUUUGUGUGUAAAUAAUGUAAACGGCUUUCAAUACACAACCAUGUAAAAAAUCAGAGUUUGUCAGCGCUCUGUUGUGAACAAAGCUGUACCAGCAAUAAAAGAAAUAAAUUAAAUAAAACCUG